UCGGAAUCCUUGGUCUAAGUAAAUAUCGUUUGGUGUCUGUGACGUGCCUUUGGCAGUUUACUUGUUUGUAAGACCAGAGUUAACAAACUAGGCUCAGCAUACACAUUGGGGUGGCGCGGCACUAAACCCGAAAAGGUGCGAAAACCGAGAAUCCAGCGGAGGGUUUUACUUCGCCGGUUCCAUCGCCGACGAUCGCUAGAUGCCACCGUCACUCAAGCGAGAAAAUGACCUCUCUCACUCUCGCUCCUCUCUCUCUCUCUUCUCCUUUCCUCUCCUUCAAACCACCUCUACUCUCCAAUCUCAAACCUCAACAUUUGUACCAUCACAAGCAAAAACCCAACCAGCGGAGGUCUGGAAAUGUGACGUGUAGGGCGGAGCUCUCUGCGGACGCGCCAAUCGCAGUCGCAAUCGGCGCUUGCAUUCUGAAUUCGCUCGUGUUUCCGGUCACUACGGGUUCUGAUGACGAAGAAAGCGACUCGCUGAUCGAUUCGACCGAUACGAGGUUUGCAGUUAUGGGGAUCAUAAGUUUCAUCCCUUACUUCAAUUGGCUGAGUUGGGUGUUUGCUUGGUUGGAUACCGGGAAACAGCGCUAUGCUGUGUAUGCACUUGUAUAUUUGGCUCCCUACGUGAGGUCAAAUUUGUCUUUGUCGCCUGAGGAGAGCUGGCUGCCUAUUGCUAGCAUUGUCCUCUGCAUUAUACAUAUUCAGCUAGAAGUUAGUAUUAAAAAUGGUGAUUUACAAGGAUUUCAGUUUUUUAGUGAGGCUGCAAAGACUCUUUCAUCAGUCGCCAGGAAGAAAAGAACUCAUUCGGAUGAAUCGGAUGGCCAUGAAAGAGUGUCCGAUGAGGUGACGCCGAAGGACUACAUGAACCUGCCUUCUGCCGAAGAUGAGUCUAGGAAUGAGAUUCGGGGGUGGGGAAUUCAUCAGAAGCCUAUACAGGAUCCUGAGCACUUGAAUGAAGAGGGAGAGGGUAAUGAUGGAAAGAACCAAUAGAAGGUUAGAUUUCGCCCGGAGGUGGGAUUUGAGACAGAUCAGAUUCUUCUAUAUACCGUCAUCGAAUAACUGCAGAAAAAAGAGGGGAAAAACCUUGAUGGGAGAGACUACUAGAAGGAGGAAAGGUUCGAAGUUAUAUAGGUCAGCUUUACUUCCAGAUUGAAGCUAUGAAUGCAGAAUUGCAUGGGCGUGACCAAAAGUUUAGGUAGGUUGAAAUGUGAUGGUGAAUGUAGUUUUUGUUUCUUACAUUGUUCUUACGUAGUAAAACUGUUCUCGUAAUGGAUCUUGUUCUGCUUCAAUUUUGAUACAUAGCUGGCUUUCCA